GCUGGAGCUGCGGAGUGUUGUGUAAGAAGGAGCUGCAGGGAGUGGAGGAGAAUUAAACAGGAUCACGUUUCUCCUCUGUGAGCUGAAGAGAUUAACAAAAUGUUUGGGACAGUGGUGGUUGGAGUUGGAAUUGCUGGCUUAGCACGAAUCAGAGACUUGAUGAAUCCGAUGCCUUCCAGCCCUUCUGAGCACCUGAAACUCUUGGGAUUUGUAUCCAGGAGAAGCUUUGGCAGUAUUAAUGAGGCCAAGCAGAUCAGCCUAGAAGAUGCUCUAAGAAGUGAAGAGAUCCAUGCAGCCUUCAUCAGCACAGAGAACAGAAGCCAUGAAGAAACCAUCAGAAUGUUUUUAGAAGCUGGGAAACACGUUGUUGUUGAGUACCCCAUGGCUUUGUCUGCUAAGGCGGCCCAUGAGCUCUGGGAGAUGGCUGAGCAGAAAGAUAAAGUACUCCAUGUAGAGCAUAUUGAGCUUCUGACUGAAGAGUACAAGCAGCUGAAAAAAGAGGUGGCUGGGAAAGACCUGGUGAAGGGAACAUUGCAUUUCACAGGUAGCGUCCUCGAUGAAAACAAAACAGGAUUUCCAGCUUUCAGUGGAAUUGCCCGACUGACUUGGCUGAUUGACCUCUUUGGAGACCUCACUGUUACCUCUGCCACCAGAAAAAUGCAGAAGGAUAAGAAUUAUUCCAGAAUGACUGUUCACUUUCAGACAGCAAACAAGAAGCCUCUGACAUGGAUUGAAGAAAGGGGACCAGGGAUGAGACGUGAAAAGAAAAUCAACUUCUGUUUCACAAGUGGUUGCCUGGAGAACCUCCCUCAAGCCCCGAGAUCUGCUGUGGGACUUUUCAUGCAGGAUCAGAACCUCUUUGCCAAAAAACUGCUGGGCCAGGUAUCCAAGGAGGAGCUGGCUGCUGAGAAAUGGCGAAUUUUGCGGUGUCUUGACCUUGCCGAGGUGAUCCAACAGCACUGUGAACAGCCAGAGAAAAUCUAUUCCUGAGACUGCUCUUAGGGAAGGAGGAACACAGUAGAGGGGAAAGCUGUAGGGCUGGAGCUCACUGUUGCCAUCAAGCAGUUGCUAUUUCCGUUUCAUUACCUUCUUUUUGACUAGUUGUGAUUCUUAGGCUCUCUGGGUGGGCUGGAGAGCCUGGGCUAUACCCUGUGCUUUCUGGU